AUGGAUCCCGCUGCCGCGAAUUUCGGGAUCUUCGCCUUCCGGCACGGCACCCCGACCCCGAUGGAUCUCACCACGGCUUACCGGUACAACCAAAACAUGAUGGAGUACUACACGUGCCACGGCGGCGUGAACCAACUCGGCGGCGUGUUCGUGAACGGCCGCCCGCUGCCCGACAUGGUCCGGCAGAGGAUCGUGGAGCUGGCCCACAACGGCGUCCGGCCGUGCGACAUCUCCCGGCAGCUCAGGGUCUCGCACGGAUGCGUCUCCAAGAUACUCUCCAGGUACUACGAGACCGGCAGCUUCAAGGCUGGAGUGAUCGGCGGCAGCAAGCCGAAGGUGGCCACCCCGAAGGUGGUCGACGCGAUCGCCGCCUACAAGCGCGAAAAUCCCACCAUGUUCGCCUGGGAGAUCCGCGAUCGACUCCUGGCCGAGGGAGUCUGCAACCAAGAAAACGUCCCGUCCGUCUCCUCCAUCAACCGGAUAGUGCGAAACAAAGCAGCCGAGAAAGCGAAGCACAUCGGCGUGGGGAUGCACGGCAACGCGACGUCCGUGAUCGCCCACGCCCCCCCGCCGGACCCGACCACCCUCCUCCCCCGGUCGCCCUCCUACUCCAUCAACGGCAUCCUCGGCAUCCCGCAUUCCCACCAGGAUCCCAACGCGAAGCGGAAGCGCGACGAGAACGAUCCCGAGCACCCGAGAGACAUGAACGGGCAUCACGACGGAGACCUGAAGCGACAGAGGUCGUCGUAUCCUGGCGAUCAGAUUUACUCGAGCAUGUGGACAACCCACAAGUGGGGCACCCCGCUGCAGCCGAUGAAGGAGGACGGGAAGCCGAACCAGCUGGACAUCCCGCUGGGGCACCACGGCGCGGGCUACCACUACGGGGAGGGCGGAGGCGGAGGCGGGGCGAACCCCGGCGGAGGAGCGGAGGGCGACGGCGGGGACGGGUUCGACUCGAACGGGGAGAGCCUGUACCAUCACCAGGGGUCGCCUGUGAACAAUCAGCAUUCGCACUCGGUCUACUCCCCGUCCAAUCCCAUCCCUGCGGCCUUGCAGAGCAUCGAUCGAUCGAUCGACUACCGGCGAGAAAGUCGCAUUGUGGGUCGCAUUGUGGGUCGCAUUGUGGGUCGCAUUGUGGGUCACCGAGAGAUUUAUGAUGCAGAUAACGGAAGCGGGGGUGGACCGGGCCUGACGCCCCUGACGCCCAUCACGAUGCAGGAUGUGAAACCGUCUGUGAUCCACCCGUCUGUCUCCUUGGCCGAUUCCAUCGCCCAGUACCAGCAAAGUCUGAGUGCGUACGCCGAGUUGUCCGGGGAACUCCACCACCAGCAGGGGAGGCCCGACUUAUCCACCCCGCCCCCGCCUCCACCCCCGUCGGGAAGCCCAGACAAGAAUCCCUCUCCGUCCUCCCUCACCAUCCUCCACCCUCCCUCCUCCAACAAUUCCCUCCUCGCUUACAGCCCCCUCACGCCCUCUUCCUAUGGACAAGUCACAGGCAAGUCUCUAUGGUCUCCCUAA